AAGCGGAAGCGGAAGUGACGUUCGGGGAAGGUGGGGGCAAUCAUGGUGCCGCUGGGGAGGGGAGAAGCUGCUGCUGCCGCCGUUGCCGGGAGCCGCGGAGAAGGGUCAUCACCUUUCCAUUUCUCGCAAUUGGGCUGAGCGCUGUUGAACCAUGGAGGAACACAGUCCAGACGACAACAUCAUCUACUUUGAGGCAGAGGAAGAUGAGCUGACUCCCGAUGACAAGAUGCUCAGGUUUGUGGAUAAAAACGGACUGGUGCCUUCCUCAUCUGGAACUGUUUAUGAUAGGACAACUGUUCUUAUUGAGCAGGACCCUGGCACUUUGGAGGAUGAAGAAGACGAUGGACAGUGCGGAGAACAUUUGCCUUUUUUAGUCGGGGGUGAAGAGGGCUUUCACCUAAUAGAUCAUGAAGCAAUGUCACAGGGUUAUGUGCAACACAUUAUCUCACCAGAUCAAAUUCAUUUAACAAUAAACCCUGGUUCCACGCCCAUGCCAAGAAAUAUCGAAGGUGCAACUCUCACUUUGCAGUCGGAAUGUCCAGAAACGAAACGUAAAGAAGUAAAGCGGUACCAGUGCACCUUUGAGGGCUGUCCCCGAACCUACAGCACAGCAGGCAACCUGCGCACCCACCAGAAGACUCACCGAGGAGAGUACACCUUUGUCUGUAAUCAGGAGGGCUGUGGCAAGGCCUUCCUCACCUCCUACAGCCUCAGGAUCCAUGUGCGAGUGCACACGAAGGAGAAGCCAUUUGAGUGUGACGUGCAGGGCUGUGAGAAGGCAUUCAACACACUGUACAGGCUGAAAGCACAUCAGAGGCUUCACACAGGGAAAACAUUUAACUGUGAAUCUGAAGGCUGCAGCAAAUACUUCACCACACUCAGUGAUCUGAGGAAGCACAUUCGAACCCAUACAGGAGAAAAGCCAUUUCGGUGUGAUCACGACGGCUGUGGAAAAGCAUUUGCGGCAAGCCACCACCUUAAAACUCAUGUCCGCACACAUACUGGUGAAAGACCCUUUUUCUGCCCCAGUAAUGGCUGUGAGAAAACAUUCAGCACCCAGUACAGUCUCAAAAGUCACAUGAAAGGUCAUGAUAACAAAGGACACUCAUACAAUGCACUUCCACACCACAAUGGCUCAGAGGAUACAAAUAACUCACUUUGUCUGAGUGACUUGAGCCUUCUGUCCACAGAUUCUGAACUGCGAGAAAAUUCCAAUACAGGCCAGGACCUCAGCACAAUUUCACCAGCAAUCAUCUUUGAAUCAAUGUUCCAGAACUCAGAUGAUACAGCAAUUCAGGAAGAUCCUCAGCAGACAGCUGCCUUGAUUGAAAGUUUUAAUGGUGAUGCAGAGUCAGUCAGUGAUGUUCCGCCAUCCAGAGGAAAUUCAGCAUCUUUAUCUCUUCCACUUGUACUGCAGCCUGGCAUCUCCGAGCCACCCCAGCCUCUACUACCAGCCUCAGCGCCAUCUGCUCCUCUGCCUGCUUCCUCCCUAGGAACUGGUUCCCAGCAAGCUGCAUUUGGCACCCCUCCUGCUCUCUUACAACCUCCAGAAGUGCCUGUUCCCCACAGCACACAGUUGGCUGCUAAUCAUCAAGAGUUCCUUCCUCACCCCCAGGCACCACAGCCCAUCGUACCAGGACUUUCUGUUGUUGCUGGGGCUUCUACAUCAGCAGCGGCGGUGGCGGCAACAGCCAUGGCAGCACCCCCCCAACCACAAAGUACUACUGAGCCCCUGCCAGCCAUGGUCCAGACUCUGCCCUUGGGUGCCAACUCUGUCCUAACUAAUAAUCCCACUAUAACUAUCACCCCAACUCCCAACACGGCUAUUUUGCAGUCCAGCCUAAUGAUGGGAGAACAGAACUUACAGUGGUUAUUAAAUGGUGCCACCAGUUCACCGCAAAACCAAGAACAAAAUCAGCAAGCACCUAAAGUUGAGAAGGUGUUUUUUACCACUGCAGUUCCAGUAGCCAGUAGCACAGGGAGCUCUGUACAACAGAUUGGCCUCAGCGUUCCUGUGAUCAUCAUCAAACAAGAGGAGGCCUGUCAGUGUCAGUGUGCGUGCCGGGACUCUGCUAAGGAGCGGGCUUCCGGCAGGAGAAAGGGCUGUGCUUCCCCAACCCUCCCAGAGCCCAGCCCCCAGCCUCCUGAUGGGCCCGGCCUGCAGCUACCACCGCAGACUUUUUCCUCACCCUCUGCCCCCCUCUCAUCAUCCUCCCCUGUACCCUCUUCCCAUGAGCAAAACAGACAAGCAGAGACUCCUUCAGACCCUCAAACGGAAACGUUAAGUGCCAUGGAUGUGUCAGAGUUUCUGUCCCUCCAGAGCCUGGACACCCCGUCCAAUCUGAUUCCCAUUGAAGCACUACUGCAGGGGGAGGAGGAGAUGGGCCUGACCAGCAGCUUCUCCAAGUGAAGGGCUGUAUGUGCUCACCCCAAGGAAAAGAGGGCAAGCAGGAGGCAUAGGUGUGAUGCCUACCAUCUUGGGGUCAGAAAUUUGAAGAAUGAAGAAAUCUACUGUUUGAAAUUCUCACCUUUCAGACGUAUUUUCUUUAUUCACAUCCCAGGAGGAUCCAUCUUAAGGAACUAAUCUUUGGGAAAACAAAACAAAACAAAAAAACAACAAAAAAAGCUAAGUUAUAAAUGAACUGUUUGGCUGCACUGUAUGUCACUUUUGCUUAUUGUCUUGUGAACAUGGAAAUUAAGGUUACUCGUAUGCAUAAAAAUUCUGAAUGAAAGGGUGUGGUUUCCAUCAAUCUGAUCUUGCCCAUCACUUGCACUGGGGUCUUUGUGGUUUGGGCAGCAGAGUUCAGUGUGCUGGGUGUUGCUCCUCCCUGUGUGUCUUUGGAACCUGAGGCUAACAGUUGCUUAGAAGGCCAGACCCUUGCUCCAUCAGAGAGGGAAGUGGCAGAGGAAGGUCAGACAGUUGUGCGUUGGACAGAAGUUCAGUGAAAUGGCUUUGUUGUUUGUGCUUGGUAUGGACUUCAGGGUGGAUAGUGCAGGGCGGAUCCUGCAGCCAGCUUCAGCACACUGGGCAGCUGAAAGCCUGGCCCAUGGUCUGUGGGGAUGAUCUGGUUCUGCAGGGGUCCUGGGGAAGUUGGUGACUUCUGUCUGCUGAUGACGUGUAUGCAGAGCAGGCUCUAGCAGCAUGAUCGCAGUCUUUGCCUCCCUGGUUCCUUGUCUCUCGGUAGCCGGGGCUUGCAGAUGACAGUGAAUUUUCUCUGGGGAACAUCCCUGGCCACAUCCCAUCCUCGAGUGGACAUGUGGCUUAUGGCCAGGACUGGUCAGUGGUCUGCCUUCCCUUGAACUGUGUUUGCUUCCUCAGAGCAGAAGGACUGCAUUUUGCUGUUGAGGAGAAGCUGCAGAUUUAGGAGACGUUUGUAUAAGGUGGCAUAUAAUUGGCAGGCCAGCUGUCUGGUCCCAGGUUCUAUCUAGGUUUUUGGUUGCCCCCCUCCCAUGAUCACCCCUUACCUGUCUGGAUUUUGCAUACAGCCUAGUACAGUGCAAACAAGGAUGUGACUUGCUCAAUUUGGUCAUAUGAUUGCUAAACAAACAACAAACUCCACAAAACGAUGAUCUUCUACUCAGGGUAAAACAAAAAAAAAAUUCCCCUUCCACCAAAAAGCCUGAAAUGUUGCAAUAAGUUAUCUCAUUUGGAAUGUUUCAUUAAGUUGUGUUAUAGGGAAAAAAAUGUUUUUUUGAUUUGUGUAUGGAAUUAUAUCCAUCUGUUUGCCUUUGGUUCCAAGUCAUUGCCUAUUAAAAUAAAACAGUACACUCCACACUAAAAUUAAAACAGAAGGCUUCCCUCAAGUGGCUAUAUUAACACAGUCAGUAGUGUUUCAACAAAGAACCUCUAUGCUCACCAAGCUCAGGGGCUAGGCAUGGCCCUGGAACAGAUCUCUGUCUCCCAAGAGCCCUUUUCCUGCCUCGAACAGGGGGCAGGGUUCAACAAACAGGACUGCUCUUUGGAGUCAGUGAUGUCAGGCAGGAAAGAACCACCACUUUGCCUUCCUUUUCCAUUCUUUAACCCUGGUGGUGUAGUGGUUAAGUGCUGCAGCUGCUAACCAAGAGGUCGGCAGUUCGAAUCCACCAAGCGCUCCUUGGAAACUCUGUGGGACAGUUCUACUCUGUCCUAUAGGGUCGCUAUGAGUCGGGAUCAACUCAAUGGCAGCGGGUUUGGUUUUUUGGUUUUCAUGCAAAGAGAUCUGCAUUGUCACUCUCCUGUCCUCUGACCCAUUACUCAGGGACUGCUAAGGCAGUAUCCAGAGCAGGUCAUUUACCUUGGAGCCAGAGACGCUGCCUUUUAGCCAGGAUAUUCAAGGAUGGACUUGGGCAAGAGGGCCAUUGUGGUAAAUGUUGGUACUGCCACGAGGAGAAAUGGGCUUAACUACAAGCACCUGAUUCUCAUUCCAGCAGUCUGGUCUAUUGAUUUUUGAUCUUCUGUAUUCCCCUUCUCAAAAGGCUGGUGCGUUCCGGUGACCUCAGCAGAAGUUGAGAAGGCAGGAGGAAUCUUCUAUUACAACAGUGGGUUAAUUCUCCUGUAAAAGCAACUGCUGAGCUAGGGGUGAGGUAGGGCCCUUGCUAUUUUUUCUACAACUGCUGAGAAGGAGCAGUGGGGCGGGAUCUCCAAGUCAGCUUGUUUUGGAGGGCAGUAGUGACCUCCCCUCUUAAGAGCCCUAUGGUCACUGGGUUUCUGGUUCUCGGAAGCUGAGGUGGGCAAUAGGAGCCCAGAGAAGGCCAUUUGAAGCUGCCCACAGUUUAAACAUUGCUUCUUCCUGGUUAGCCAGGGCUAUGCUUAUGUUGGGCCCCAAUGAGGUCAGUAGCUUUUUCACUCUCCAGAGAUUGGGAGUGAUAAAGAAGCAUCUUGAAACAGUGUUUUUCUAGCUGAAGAAGUUGAAAUAUCUGCCUUUUGAGGGUGAUUAGAUUUGAAGGGGCACUAUCAGGUCCAGUCAGCUUUGAAAAGUCAGGAACGUGCAUAAACUGAUCAUGAGUUGUUGUGAGGGGCAGGUUUUUCCACAGGCGUAGGUAGUCUUUCUCUUCUUUUCCACCUUCCGCAAGCCUGGCUUCUAGGGCCAAGAACCUUGGAGAAGAGAGGGCCCCUGGCUGAGCUGGGGCCAGAAAGAGCCUUCCUGGAGAGUGUGGUUUCCCAAAUCUGGGAAUGAACCUAGAGUGCAGUGAGCGGCCACAGACUUCUAGCAGGUGAAAUCAAGCCUUCUUUUCUUUCCAUGGUAACCUUAACCACUUUCAGCCUGUAGAUUUCUAUUUCUGCUCCCACUAGCAUCUCCAGUUAGAUUGCCUCUUUAAAGGGUGCUAGUCAGCAUCAGGGGUUGGAGUUUAUGGGCUUAGGAGGUGGUAAGGAGACUUUGGCUGGCACCGCCAAGCUGCCUUAGUGAAUGGCCCUUCCCAGGCAGUAGGUGGGGCAUUGAGGGAAAGUAGCCUGGCCUUUCCUGGCAGGAUCUGGCUUCUCACAGCCAGUCACAUGGGGCAUCACUAGUUUGGUGUCAGGAGUCGGGGUCAUUUAUUGAAUUCCACCCGCCUUUAUAAGGAGAUCGUGGUACAAAGCCCCGGAAGGGCUUUAAGGUGUGACGACCUCUCUGGGUAUAAGGCAAGGGACUUCUCUUCACCACCCCUGGGAGAGUCAGUAGAUUGGAGAGUUGUGUUUUCAGGGUCAAGGCAGUGGACCGAUGGGGAUAAUGGAGGGGGGUGGGUUUUCCUGAGAGACUUUGUAUAAUGCUGAAUGUGUCCAGAGGGACGAGUUUGCAGAACCUCAUGUUGGUAUAUUAAAGAAAUAAUAAAAUAAAAAAGCACUUUAGGUUAUUUUAUCUUUAACCCAAUUGCUGCAAUUUCUUUUGUGUAUAUAUACAUAUAUAUAUAUAUACUUUCCACAAAGUUUUAUUUUUUGCUCAGAAUAAAAAGUUAAAUUGAGGUGUGAAAAGCAAAGCACUUACCUUGGUGCAAUAUGUGUAGCUUGAUGGUCGUUGUCCCGUGUGGCCCUGGCCUGGCCACGUUGUAACGCUUGAUCGGCCCUGUACAAUGAGGCUGUCUGUAGGGAAACACUAUUAUGCAUUCUCUGCAACUGUUCAAUCUAUGCAAGCCUUCCCCCGUGCCCGAGGGCGCCCCCUCAGGCUCUCUGAAGAACUGCUGCGGGGCCUGUUUUCUUCUGCUGACUGUUGAGGCCCUUUUCAACACUUCUUCUUGGUCUCUUGCCAUCUUUCCCCUGUUCAACAUAACCAAGUGACACCUGAAAGGAACAGCUUCUAGACUCUUCUAUUUGUAAUCAUGUCCAUUGUCCUUAUUCUUAUAGACUUCUCCAGUCUCUGAAACCAUUGAUUUGUGCAACUGCCACAAUAUCGCUGAAGAGUUUACAAUUUUUCUGUACCACCAAUCAGAAAUAUGUUUGGGGAGAUGGUGGAGGGGAAGCAACAUGAGCCAUUUCCAUUCUGCUCCCAUAUACUGCCCGUUGGCUCUUUAAGCAAAAAGGCCUCCAACCUUCAUUAAAUCCAGCAAACAGAGUUAGUAAUUUGGUCUAUCAACUGUAAUUGGAGGGGAGAGGCAGCAGAGCUGAAUCAUGCAUAUUUCUGAUUGGUCAGUCAGUAUAGCCUGUUUCCUCUUACAUAUUUUUGCAGGGGGAAAGGGGUCCUGUUUUUCUCCUCAUGCCCUUUGGGGAAGCUGAUGAUCAUUCUGGGCGUUUCUGUUUCUCCUGUUCGAGAGGGCUUCUCAGUCUGCACUGAAAAAUGCAAAUUAAACUGGAUCUUUAUGUCAUUGUGUACAUAGUACAAGCUUUUUUACUGGAAGCGAGGUUUAAAACAACACACUGCCCUUUUGGUGGUGUGCCUGCUGGGCCAAAAAUUGGAUAGUAGUCACUUUCUCAGCUCAGUGCAGUUUCUACUCUUUUUCUUAUGGGAAAAUUUUUCAUAAAACCUUUUUUCACCAAAACCCAGGGGUGUUUUUUGCAGUAUCCUUGUAGUGGUGCCAAGCCAGAGGCUUCUCUUGCCCCAUCUUCACCUGUGUUUUCGGGCCUCCCAAAGGUCCUGUUUGACCCAACAGUCUACAUCCUUUGUCGUGUUUUGGAGAAUGUGGGGUUCGGGGUUGGAAGUCCAAGGUGGCUGUCCCUUUUCCCUGUGAACUCUUCCUCAUCCUUGUUUGGGGAAGGUGGCUGGGAACAGAUCUUUGCUAAAUCUCUGGCUCGGAUCUUCUAGCCAGGAAAGGCAAGAGCCCCUGAGAGCCUUCUUUUUUGACACACACUAGUCAUUGGCCGACGGUCUAGGUGACAGUUUUUUAAAUCCCAGAUAGUUUUAUUUCAAUUAUGUAAUAGCUUAUCAAAUUUAUUUAAGUGUGAAACAUGGGAACAACGGACUUUCACUGAGCGAUAUGAAAACGUUACAGGUUCAGUACUUCCAAAGGAAGAAACCUCCAAACCCAAAAAAGAGUAAAUAUGAAUUUGUAUUUUUGAAGAAUGUGAAAUAAUGGUGUUUGCUUAAUUGCUCAUUUUGUAUAAACUUAAUAUUGUACUUUAAAAUAUCUGCUAAGAAGUGAAAAUUUAACUUUUUGGAAUUGAAAAAGCAAUAUUAAAUACUAAUGAAAUCCUAAUUAAAUGCUUAUUUAAAUCUG